GAGCUUGCCACUUGGUUCGGGCGUCGAGUGACGGAAGAGCUUUUUUGACCUCUGCAUUCACGACUUCGACGCAAAUAGUCCCAACGCUAUAAAACAUAUGGGUCAAGACAGAACCUCAAAGACGCAUCAACUCGAUGCUACAAGCCAUUACUGCUAUGCCUGGCAAUCCACUCUACAAAUUCACCCGCAAAUUCGGCAGAAAUUGGGAUGCCGAGACGCGACAUCUUAUCCAUCCUCGUGACGACAACUUCUGCUGCAUCACAUCUGACCAUCCAUCAAAUCAGCCUGUACUCCCUGGCUCAGUAGCCGAUUUCACGGACUGCUCUCCUGAGCAAGCUUACUUCCACCAUCCUACCCGCUCUCUCAAUAAUCACACAACUCAAAGACCAGUCUCUGUGCAUCAUGAACCGAAGAAGACAACAAACACAGCAGAGAAUCGAAGUCGUACGGAAAAGUCGAAAUCGGCAAGCUACACGGACGCAUCUUCAGACCAGUCUAGAAAAGCGAGAUCUAGGUCUGCCGAUAGCAAAGUGAAAGCUUGGCUGAAAGAUGUAUCACUAUCGCGACGAGAGACAUUGAUCUAGCGAAUAUCAUCAUAUAACGGGGUGGAAGGAGGACGGAUUUAUCGCGACGUGUAUGCUUGAUUGAUCGAUCACAUUGCUUUGGCAAUGUUUGUGCAGAGAGUAUGGAAUGACAUGUUAACGCUGGUGUCGAGCAGCCUCGGAGGCAGAGAUGGCGAAGGUAGAGGAAUUUACGACAAGUUUCUGCUACCUUCGCCAUCUCUACCUCGAUAUAGAAGUGGAAUGUAGGCUGGACACAUGAACUCGAAGCUCUUUUGUGCAUUACAUUACGACACAUCGUGCCUAGUCCUCCUACUUGCAUUGCAGUUCACUAACUUACAGAACCUUUCCAUGCAGCUGCAGCCAAAUUCCAUCCAUCGAUUGCCGCUGGUUCAGCAAAAUUUCCUGUCGGUUACAAAACUUGCUUGCAAAUCUAAUCCAAAUCUAUUCGGCCGUUCAAGAUCGAGUCGUAAAGUUCAUUACUCCAGUCGCAUCUACAACAACCAUGCUCCAUGUGGUAUGACGCGUCCUGUACGGUCAACAAUACUAUUCGUAUCGGUAGCAGAAAGGUCCACUGAAGGUGUCCAUGACGUCUUUGAAGACUGGAUCGGCAGCAACGAAGCCAAAUGGAAGCCUGUCGUCGAGUGUCAUCGCUGGACAGUCGGGGACAUCGCAACCGAGCGUGGCAGUUCCUGAGAUUACGUUCUGUCGGCGGUAGAUGUCAAGGUUUUGCCAUACAGUCCAAACGCUGUGACAGGUCAGGACUCAUGUGUGGCACAAAAGCUAUCCAAGGCAGAACUUACUUGUCCACCAUGCCGUGAUGUAAAUAGAAAAGGGGAUCAGCGGGAGAAGAGUGGAAGUCCAUCAUGGAACCACCAGUCUGCCAGUGACCGCCACCGUGGACACCAAACUUGUUUGUAUCGCUGUUGUAGCCUUGCGCGAGCCACUGGAAAUCUUCGACGUAGAUCUGGUUCAGGACAAGCUCGGUCACAUUCUGAUAGGUGUUGUAGCGCCUCGAGAACCACGGGUUGAUAUCACGCUCGAGGCAGCGUGGAUUGUGCUCGAAUGAAGAGUUGACAUUGCUGGUGUUGGGCAAGUCGAGGGGUCCGAGGUUGACAACAUACUUGCUAAACGGUCCCUUCUGCACACAGCCUCCGCCAGUUCCCGGAGGGUAUGUGAUAUCCUGGGCAGCAAGCCAUGUAUCGGCACGACCAGCCACAAAUUUUCCGUUGCUUCCCAUGCUAUACUCAUCACCCGAGAAGAGAGGGCUAUCCUGAGGGGCAUCAAAGUCUUCUGCCCAAUUCCAGUAUGGGAGGGUUCCAGUAUAGCCACACAGCUUCUUCAGGUCCUGCUCCAGAUAGUGAAUGAAAGUACGAUGCCAUGCAAAGAAGUCGGCGGUGUCAUGGAUGUUCAAGGUAUAGUUGAUAUGCGUGGCAACGUAUUCGUCGAAACGAGACUUGACUCCUGGAUAGUCGGCAGCUUGAGCGGAAGUCAUGACCUGCGGCUUCAUUUCUUGCAAACAGAUGACAGCGUCUGUGAAGCUCUUUCGAGUUUCGCGUGACAGAGUACGCCACUCUUUUCUCACAUUGGCAUUGUCGUAUGUGCAUGCCGCAUUUUGUCGAGAGCCAACAUUGGAGCGCAUAGUCUCAUGAGCGAUGUCUGAAAUGUUCCUCCAGGCGGCACCGCUGGAGAGUUGUGAUGUGGUGUAUUGCUUAAUGCUUGGGGCUUGCGCGGCGGCAAGUGCGGCCAGGGUGGCCAGGGAAGUGAAGGUGUUGAAGCGCAUUAUGGUGGUCAAAGGAGGGUAAGAAUGGCAAUGGCAAUUGCAAUGGCAAUGGUCCAAGGUCCAAGAGGAGGUGUUUAUUGGAAGGCAAACGAAGCAGGCUGGCAGAAGGAGGCCAGGCGCAGUGAAAAUGGCGCAGUGAAUGGGAGUGGGUUAGAAAGAGGCGACAUUGUGGGCGUAUGGAGACGAGUGGCGGACGGAAGUGGAAGUGGCGUUUGGACGCUGGAGGUCGAUUGGGUUGUUGGCACGGCUUCCUGCAGCUGCGACAAGGAGUGCAAGGCUAGCCAAGGCCAAGCCACGCCACGCCAAGCUCUUCGAACGCAUCUACCGUCGAUGUAUCUAGGGAGGUCGACGGAAUAG